AUGCCGUUCUCGCACCACAGCCACUCGGGGCAGUUCUGCCCCGGCCAUGCUAAAGACUCCCUGGAGGAGGUGAUCCAGUUGGCCAUCUCCAAGAAGUUCAAAACCUUCUGCCUGACAGAGCAUAUGCCCCGAGGGUCAGAAGACUACUACCCAGAGGAGAUCGAAGCCAACACGACCAUGGCCAGCAUGGUCGCUAACGAAGCCGCCUACUUCCAGGAGGCGCAACGACUGCGGGCCAAGUACGCCGAUCAGAUCCAGAUCCUGAUCGGGUUUGAGAUUGACUGGAUCCGGCCGGAAUCGCGCGCGCUUAUCGAGGAGUCGCUAAAGCGACAUCCCUUCGAGUUCUUCAUGGGCUCGGUGCAUCACACGCUGACGGUGCCGAUUGACUAUGAUCGGCCGAUGUACGAGAAGGCACGGGAUCUGGCCGGAGGUACGGACGAGCAGUUGUUCGAGGCGUAUUUCGACGAGCAACUGGAUAUGUUGCAGCAGUUGAAGCCGCUCGUCGUGGGCCACUUCGACCUGAUCCGGUUGAAGAGCGACGACCCCGAGCGCAGCUUCCAGCAGUGGCCCGGGGUGUGGGAGCGCAUCCUACGAAAUCUGGACUUUGUGGCGUUGUACGGAGGGAUCCUAGAGCUGAACUCGGCGGCCCUGCGCAAGGGGAUGAGUGAGCCGUAUCCGAACGGGGAGAUCUGCCAGGAAUUCCUCAAGAGAGGAGGUCGGUUCUGUCUGUCCGACGAUAGCCACGGAUUGGACCAGGUCGGACUCAAUUUCCACCGGGUGUUGGAGUUUAUCGAGCGCGAGGGCAUUUCGACGCUGCAUUACUUGGAGCUGGCCGAGAGAGCGGCGGUGGAUGAGCGAUUCCCUCGCACUCAAGUUCGAUCAAUCAGCGUGGAGGAGGUGAAGCAGGAAGCAUUCUGGCAGUGA